AUAAAAAUGUUGUAGGCGUGGUCAGUUUGUAUGUUAACGGGUUAAAAAUAUAAGUCAUAAUCAUGUCAUUUGUAUCAGCCAGUGAUCUUGAGGCUCAGAGACAGAAAAGGAAAGAAGAAAAGAGACAGUCGAGACAGAAGAUACUCCAUGAAGCUAAGGAGAAGUUCCUUGAGGAGAGAAAGAGACAAGAGCUGAAGAGAGAGAGGGGGGACGAUGUGUGGGUAGCCCCAGGCGUCAGUAAAAGACUCAACCUUACGACAAAGAAACACAAAAAAGACAAAAAGAAAAAGAAAAAGCAAGAAAAACGAGAGAAGGCAGACGUCAAAUCAGAGGAAUCAGGAGAGGAAGAAGAAUGGAUUGAAAAGGAAGGGGAGGACGUGGGAAUGGAAACUGAACCUGUUGAUGCCACACCCACUCCUACUCCAGACAUAGCUCUUCAAAGGGACGAAUGGAUGACACUAGCACUUGGACCUUCUCUAUCAUCUCAAAGGAGGCUAGAGGAACUGCGGAAGAGAACAGAAGAAGAAGAGGAGAAGAAGAAGGAGCCAUUGAUAGACCAAGCAGGACAGCACCCUUUGGAGUUGAACCCAUAUUGGAGGAAAGGAGGGACUGGGUUACCGGAACAAUCUGACGUGAAAGAAGACAAGAAAUCAACUCAAAUUGGUGAUGGUGGUCGUAGCUGGUUACUCCGAUCAUACAAGAGGGCAUUGGAGAGGGCGGAGCAGGAGGGGAGGAGCAUUGAAGAGAUUGCAGCUGUACAGUGGGGCUCUGUUGAUAAACUCCAUGAGAUGUUGAGGGAGGCUGGUAUUGAUCCUAAUAAUCCUGACGGACAUUAUAAAGGAAAGAGAGAGCUUUACUCAAGAAUGGAGAGACACAGGGAGGUACCUUAUGGUAGGUAUGAGAGGGACUCCUCUCGUUAUAGUCCGAGGGAAGAUAAGAGAGAGAGAAGAAGGGACAGGUUUAUAAAACCAUCUUUUGAAGAAGGCAAAAGUACUGUAUCACUGACGAAUGAUGAGUCAUCAAACAGCUGGAGAAAGAAAACAAUUCAACUUCCUACCUCUCUCUCUCCUCCUCCUCCUCCUACUGUACCUUCUGUACCUGAUAAACCUUCAUCUCUUCUCCCCUCUCCUUCCUUCCCCCCUCCUCCUCCUCCUCCUCCUCCUCCUCCUCUGGUCACCAGCACUCAAUUGAAUUCAUUAGCUGCUAAAAUAAUGAAAGCUGAAAUGUUUGGUGACUCUUCAAAAGUUGAGCGAUUAAAGAAUGAAUUGAAACAGCUGCAGGAGCUAAAAUCAAAACAAGACCUUGUUCAGCCAAAGGACAAAGACAGAACUACCCACCAGACACAAAGAGGGGGAGAAGAGAGAGGGGAGAAAGGAGAGGAAGUUGUUUUACUCACUAAGACUGAUCGUCAUGGCAAUGUACGCCCCCUCAGUCGUCCUUCAAGAUCUGGUUAUGAGGGACCAUUGUCCACUCACACUGGCAAAGGAAAGAGAACGAAAUACUUUAAAGAUGAUGACACUCACUCAUUGAAGUCUCUUUUAGAAGCCGAGAGGCUCUCAAGCUCGGACGACACUCAGGCUGCUAUUCUUAAAAUGGCCAGCAAGUUUGUUCCAUCUUCAUCGGACAGAGGAGAUGAAACUGUUGAUGAUGUACUUGACACAGCAGCUCUUCACGGGAAGAGAAAGAAACAGCUGAAAGAGGAGGAGAGAGAGAUGAGGAGAGCCAUCAACGAGAACAAGAGAAUGAUGGACAAGUUGGACAGUUGUAGAUUAUGUUUUGAUAGUUCUCAGUUUGAGAAGCACCUCCUAAUAGCAGUUGGUAUCAACGUGUAUCUAUCACUACCUUCAGUCCAAUCACUAACUGAUGGACACUGUCUACUAGUGCCUAUGGAACACACUCAGUCUUCAUUGCUCACUGAUGAGAACGUGUGGAGUGAGUUCAACCUCUUUCGGAAAGGUCUCACUCGUAUGUUUGCCGAUAGGGACAUGGACGUUGUCUUUAUGGAAACAUACACUUCAUCUAAAUCCCACUCACACAUGAUCAUGGAGUGUGUGCCUUUGCCAAAAGAGGUUGGUGAGCUGGCUCCUAUGUAUUACAAGAAAGCACUGCAGGAGAGUGACCAGGAGUGGAGUGACAAUAAGAAGGUUAUAGAUACCAGUAAGAAAGGUGUGCGUGGGUCAUUGCCUGUGGGUCUGCCGUUCUUUUAUGUUGAGUUUGGUACUGAUGGGGGCUAUGGUCACAUUAUUGAGGAUAAUUCUAAGUUUCCGCAUUAUUUCGGGAAAGAAGUGGCUGGUGGUAUGUUGGACGUUGAACCAAGGCUCUGGCUGAAGCCUCACAGGGAAAGCUUUGAGAGACAAAAGGAGAAGGUUCUUCGUUUCUGUGAGUGGUGGAGUCCUUACGACUGGACUCAGAAACUAAGAGAAGAAGACAAGAGCAACGAAACUGAUUAAUGAAUUAUUUAUAUUCAUUUAUUGUGUUUGUAAUACAAAAAUAAUUGCAAAUGUUUAAAAAUUAAGAGUUUGAAAGUGUUUCUAUUUCUUCCUCAA